AUGCGUCUCUCCAUCCUCACCGCACUGGCCGCUUUGGGCUCGGUGGCAGUUGCCCAACUAAAGUCCACUGUGGUGGUCGAAAACAUCCAAGUUCUCACCGUCAAAUCCCAGAAGUUGAUCCAACCAGCCAAGGAACUCAGUAUCCUCAACGCUCCGCUGCUUUUUAUCGGCCAGGGGCCAUGGCCUAAAAUCAUUAUCGGUCUCGGCGACAUCGUCACUACAAUCACUCUGGACGUCACCGCCAUGUCCACCGGCCCGAAGGCCAAGUACGUCGGUUCCGAGGCCACCGCCAUUGCCGAUGCGUUCCGCCUAUUUGUCAAGACACAUCGGGAGCUGCUAGACAUCUUGAUUAGUGUGGGUGGGUUCAUCACAAAGAUCCCGAUGGUUGGGCCCCCAGUUGCCGCCGUAUUGCGGUCCAUAGAGAGAGUGGUCGAUACCCUUGCCCGAGGCAUCAUUGACACGCUCGAGGCUAGCGUUGCUGCCGCGUUGAGGACUGACUACGACGGCCUGAAGGUUACUAUUGGCAGUGCUGUUAGGACCUUUUCGUGA